GUGCGCGCGCAGCUUUCUGUGCGUUCCCUCAUGGCGUCCCUCACAGAGUUCUAGUCAGUCGGCGGACCCCGGAGGCCGCUCCCAUGGACCCCCUUUCGCCACAGGCGCCCCCGCCCCCGCGCCCUCGGACCCCAGGGCUCAGGAGGACGGCAGCAGGACCCGGCCGAGGCUGCCGCGGGGCCUUCCGCUCGCCGCGACCGACCUCUAAGACUGGCCAGGCUGGUGGGACCCGGGAGGAGUCUCUUCACCUCGACAUUCAGAACCUGAAGGAGAGGAGGGACGUGCUGGACACGGAGAUCUCCCAGUUACUGUCUGAAGGCUACAGUGUAGACGAACUGGAGGACCACAUCACCCAGCUCCAUGAGUACAACGACAUCAAGGACGUAGCGCAGAUGCUGCUGGGCAAACUGGCUGUGAUCCGAGGUGUCACCACCAAAGAGUUGUAUCCGGAGUUUGGUCUGGACAUGAAUGACUGAGCAGAGGCUCACAGCCCCUGUCCACCGCCCACAGGGACAUGCAUGUGGACGUGAGCAGUGAGAGCCCAACCAGUGCCCCUGCAAGGUCUCCACUGAGGAAAUGCCGGAAGACCUCUUCUAAAGAGCCCGGGCUGAGGCCGGAGGGAACUUUGAGAAGAGGGUGCGGGGAGGAAGGGGUGUUCCCACCCUGAGGUUCCUGAGAUGCCCCAUGAUACGUGUGUCCGCGUGUGUAUGUUCUGUCUGUCAGUAAACAUGAGCAAGUUCCUUGGGAA